CGUUGUCUUCCCACGGCGGCGUCGGCGGCGACGACACGCCACCCCUAAACGCACAACUCGAGUACAAGUAACUACCAUCAUCGGCCGAGGACGUCUGAUCGCCCCAGCCGGACGAGAUGGAUCACAUGUCGAUGGGGGGCGGCACGCCCUGGCUCGACCAACCCGUCAUGCUACACUCGUCCCGCGCCGAUACCUGCAAGUUGACGCCCGAGCAGUGCGCCUACCGCAGCGGAUACUGGCGAUACUGGUACCAGGCCGACUAUGUCUACGCCCAGGGCACCGUCUACUUCUUCGUCGCAACUGUCGGCCUCUGCUUCCUCGGGUUCUGGACCCAGCGUCUCGCCCCGACCUCCCUGAGGAACCGGGGCUGGUGGAAUAAGGGGCUCGCCGGUGUGCGGUUCCUCGCCUACCGCCGCUACGAGACGCCCGCCAUCCGAUGGCGCAUGCCGUCCCUCGGCGUCGGUGUGCUACUAACGGCCGGUUUCCUUUUCUUCUUGCUCAUGACCCUCGGCCCUCAGCCGUACUACUGGCCCAACACGCAGACGCUGAGUUACGGAAGCUCACCGCCCAUCGCGACUAGGACGGGCUGGAUGGCGCUCGCCUGCUUGCCCUUCAUGCUCAUCCUCCCGACCAAGGCGAAUAUGAUCGCUUCCCUGACCGGCGUCUCCCACGAGCGACUAAUUGUGUUCCACAACUGGGUCGGCUGGGCCAUGUUCGCGCUCGCGCUUGUGCACACCUUCCCCUUCAUCGUCUUCCAUAUCUGGAAGGGCGAUAUGGUCCAUGUGUGGAACACCAGCGUCGUGUACUGGACCGGUGUGGUCGCCCUGAUCGCCCAGGCCUAUCUCCAAAUCUUCUCUCUCCGCUCGAUCCGGGACUACUUCAUCGCGACAGGUGUACUUUACACUUUGGCCUUCUUCUACCCUCAGAUCCGAACCUUUUUCGAAUUUGGGAUUUCCAACCGCGCUACGUUUACCAUGGUUUCCGAUACGGCCAUGAAGAUAACAAUCCCCAUCGAUACGACAUGGCAGCCGGGUCAACACAUGUUCCUACGCUUCGUUCAUAUGGGACUACACGCCUUUACUGCCCACCCUUUCACGAUAUGCAGCAUUCCCGCUAGAAGAAACAGCGUGGAGAAGUCGAGGCUUACUUUUUAUGUGCAACCUAGGGGCGGCUUAACCGGCCGUCUAGCGAAGGCAGCGUCUCAGCGACCAGGUUUCAGCGUGCCCGUUCUCAUCGACGGGCCAUACGGCGGCGUGAGGGGGAGGCCGUUGAACAAGUACGAUUACAACCUAAUCGUGGCCUGCGGCGCCGGUGCCAGCUUCUCCUUACCGUUUGUGAUGGAAGGAAUCCUGCGCGCGGCUUGGCAAGCGAGGAACGGCAACAGGGAGCCCCUGAGCAAGAUGCACGUCGUGAUGGCUACUCGAGACCCACAGCUUGUUCAUUGGUACGAGGAGGCUGUGGUAGAAUUUUUAGAAGAAAAUGGACUGGACACGAUUCCGGAAGAAGUCAUCAUCUCGGUGUACCAAACAGGCAGGCCGGAGUCCAAACCCAACAGCACCUCCAAAGAGCCCGAACAGUCGGACGAAAAGCAUGGCGUCGAGAAAAUGGCUGUCAGACAGGUGCCCAUCAACGUGUAUUCGGGCCGCCCCGAUCUCGGCGUGAUUAUCAAGGAAGCGACGCUCCAAUCCGGCGUUUCUGUCGGCAUCGCCGCCUGCGGACCGGGGGGGGUAUUGAAGCAGGUUCAGGACGAGGCUGCGGCUGCCCAGCUGCGCGUGGCGGGCUCCGUCAAUGGCGCACGCGAAGUGUACCUCCAUUCAGAAGUCUUCUCAUGGUAGGUGGACCGGCAUGGCAACCUGGGACAAGAGGAUUGCCACGUAUUGUCAACCGGACAAGGGACCGCGGACACCAUCGAUUGUAUUUACAAAGCUAGUUACCCUAGUACAUGGUCACGAUACCCAACAGUUACUUAGGCUAGGGAGCGCAAGGAGCGAUUGGCCUACGAGAAGCGUUGAGGUGAGGCGUUAGCGAAACUAAUAUUCCGGAGACGCCACUCCCGGAAUUCCUAGGGCACGGCGGGACUGAUGACCCUCACUCUGGUCC